AAGAAAAUCAAUAAAUUGAUAGUACUGAAAAGUCUGAAGGAAAACUUAAAUUUCAGAAUAUUUUGAAGAUAUUUUAGACUAAAUUUCGGAUAAGGGUGUGGAUAUAAAAACAAAGCAUAGCAAAAUGAGUGCAGUAGAUCCGUUCGUGAUAACUGCCAAAGAACGAUUGAAAUACCAUGAUCAAUUCAAUUCGCUGAAUCCUGUAAAUGGAAUUGUUACAGGAGCACAAGCUAAAGGCUUCUUGCUUCAAUCGCAAUUGCCUCCAUUGAUCCUUGGGCAAAUAUGGGCUCUUGCGGAUACAGAUGCUGAUGGAAAAAUGAAUGUUAAUGAAUUUAGCAUCGCAUGCAAGUUGAUAAAUUUGAAAUUACGGGGUUUUGAGAUACCAAAAGUAUUACCUCCAACAUUAUUGGCAUCUUUAGCUGCAGUAGGCGGAACUCCGACGCGAACUCCAACAACGGGAAUGAGCCCAAGCGGAUCAAUUGCAGCUAUUCAUGGCGCGAUUCCUCCGCCUGUUCCUCCUCAGCCUCAAAUUAUGAAUCAACAAUACGCAACUGUUUCAGGAGUUAUUGCACAUCCUCCGGGACGUCCUGUAAUGCCUCCUCAACCCGUUAUUCCGUCACAACCGUUAAUUCAAGCUGGUCAACCGAUUACAACGACAGCUCAUGUUCCCCCUGUUGUUCCUUCUCCUCCAAAUAUAUUACAACAACAAACACAAAUGCAAACAGCUCCAAUGAUAGCUACUGUUCCCUCACAAAUGGUAAUGCCUAACCAACAAAUGGUUGGACAAAUUGUUCAACAACCCGUUAUGGUUCAACAACAAGCAGCAUACGCAAUGCCAACACAAGCUCCUGCAAUGAUAAAUACUGUUCCAAACUCAUUGCCAGGCGUUGUUCAAAGCUCUCAACAAAUUCCAAUGCAAGCUGUUGCUCCGCAACCCGCAUUAAUACAUCAGGACUCUCAAUCUAUGCUAUUACAACAAAAUAUUCCUGUACAAUCUGUCGCUCCAAUACCCGCUUCAGUUGUUCCAACAAACAUUCCGGCUUUACCAACGCCUCCAAGCGGAACACAAAGUCGCUCAAUGUCGAUCUCUGAGCGUGCUCCAUCAAUUGAAUCUCCCGUAUCAGCAAAUGGUCAAACUAUCGAAUGGGCAAUUAAAGGACCUGCAAAGUUAAAGUACACACAAUUAUUUAACACAACAGAUCGUACUCGAAGCGGAUUUUUGACAGGAGCUCAAGCCCGCGGUAUUUUGAUGCAAUCAAAAUUACCACAAUUGACAUUAGCGCAAAUUUGGGCUUUGUCUGAUAUGGAUUCUGAUGGUCGAUUGGGAUGUGAAGAAUUUAUUCUUGCUAUGUAUUUAUGUGAUUUGGCUUUACAAGGCGAAAAAAUUCCAACAACCCUUCCGCCAGAUCUUGUACCUCCUUCUUUUCGAAAAGCUCAAUCACGUCACGGAUCAAUUGCGGGAUCUCGACAUGGUUCUGUAUCAUCUCAAGGUGCUUCUGUUGCUGUUUCCGAAAGUGACAUGGGAUUACCACAAAACUCAUUUGAAGAUAAACGUAAAGAAAACUUUGAUAAGGGUCAAGCUGAAUUAGAUCGACGCCGAAAGCUUAUUGAGGAUGCCCAAAGAAAAGAAUUGGAAGAGCGACAACGUAAAGAACGUGAAGAAGCUGAAAAGCGAGAAAAGGCUCGACUUGAAGCCGAAUUAAAAGCACAGCAAGAACGUGAACGUGAAUUGCAAAGACAACGUGAACUUGAGGAAGAAAGAGAAGAGCAACGAAAACGUGAACUUGAAAAGAAAGAAGCAGCAAGACGGGAAAUGGAGAAACAGCGACAAACAGAAUGGGAAAACCAAAAAUUAUCUGAAAUGGAGUUGCAACGUGAAAAAGAACAAGAAAAAGUCCUUAAACUUAAAGCUCAGAAUCAAUCCUUAACAAUCGAAUUGGGAACAUUAAAUGAUAAGGUCAAGGAUGUGACACAAAAAAUUUGCGAUACACGUGCAGGCGUAACCAAAGUAAAGGCGUUAAUUGAUGGAAUGCGAACGACCCGAGAUACACAAAUGUCGGAAAUGGCUCAACUCAAAGCACGUAUUAAGGAACAGAAUCAACGUCUCAUACAAUUAAGUCAGGAAAAGGCAAAAUUAGAUGCUAAAUCAAAAGCAACGCAAGCAAACGAUGCUGCUAAUCAGGAACAAAUUCAAGCAGCGUUCUCUAACAAACAAAUCUUAAUAAAACAACUCAAAGAUAAAUUAGAGGAUAUUCGUGAACAAAUUAAUACCAAACAGUCUGACAUAGAUAGUAAUAAGGAACAAUUGACUGAACUAAAGAAAGAACUCUCUGAAUUGAUAACGGCAUGUGAGACUCUCUACAAUGAAUACGAUGUUGAAAGAAUACAAAUCCUUGAACUCAAACACAAUCGUAAGAAUGAAUCAAUCACCUCCUCUUGGGAUACAGGCAAUUCGUGGGGCACUUCAACAACUAUACAACCAUCAGCGACGGCAAACACUGCAACAACUGUGCCUACUUCUCAUGAAGCGCCCGGCGAUUAUGUUAAAUAUCGAGCUGUUUACGAAUUCGUCGCAAGAAAUCAAGACGAGAUUUCAUUCCAACCCGGAGAUAUUGUUAUGGUCUCGUUGACCCAAAAUGCCGAGCCUGGAUGGUUAGCAGGAGAAAUAAAUGGACAUACAGGAUGGUUUCCCGAAACGUAUGUUGAAAAAGUUGAAGAUGAAACAGUUUCGUAUGACCAACAAACUUAUAAUGACAAUAAUGCAGAAAUUGCGGAAACAAUUGAGCCUGUUGAAAACACAACAACCGCAUAUAAUGGAGACCUUGAUUAUUAUGUAGCUGUAUAUAGUUAUCAAAGUACUGAACCGGGAGAUUUAGUAUUUAAUGAAGGAGAUACGAUUAUUGUAACGAGCAAGAAUGGAGAUUGGUGGACAGGAACAUUGGGUGAAAACUCGGGAAUGUUUCCAUCAAACUAUGUGCAAAAACUUGAAACUACUUCAGGAACAGUUACAGUGAAUAAUGACUAUAACAGUACGUCAGCGGUUUCACAAAACACAAACGAUCAGCAAGUUAUGAACCACGACAAUGAACAACAAUCGUUGCAACAACAACAGCUCGAAGCAGCUGCCCAAGAAUUACAAAACCAAACGGAUGUCGAUUCCGAAGUUUCUCAAAUUAAUACACAACCAAAAGUCAGUGAGAGUAGUACUGAUUAUGUAAGACCACAAUCCAGAUCAACAUCUUCAGCGAGUCAACGUAGCGGGCGUCUAAAAGGAGAAGUCGCUCAAGCAAUAGCAACGUACGAAGCAACAAGCUCAGAACAACUUUCUCUUGCAAAAGGACAACUCGUUAUGAUUCGUAAAAAGACAGAUUCAGGAUGGUGGGAAGGAGAAUUACAGGCUAAAGGACGUCGGAGACAAGUAGGCUGGUUUCCUGCUACAUACGUUAAAUUAAUGCAAAGCGGGCGUAUCAGCGGGAGAACAACGCCUGUUUCAUCAGGAAAAAUAGAGUACAGUGAAGUUAUCAUUGACAAAGUAAUCGCCUUGUAUCCUUACAAAGCAAUAAAUGAUGAUGAAUUGUCGUUUGAAAAAGAUGAUAUCAUUUCGGUUCUCGGUAAAGACGAGCCAGAAUGGUGGCGAGGCGAAUUAAACGGUAUUGUUGGACUAUUUCCAAGCAACUAUGUUGGUCCUUUUGCAUCCGGUAAGAAAAAUUCUUUACGAAACUAAAAGCGAGGAGGUCUGACAAAACACACAACUCACAAUUUUGACUUUACACAAUACAUCUUAUACUUCAGAUUUUUUUAGUUCUUUAUUGUUUUUUGUAUACAUUCAUUAUAUGUUCUCUUGAUUGAUUUUUAUACAUAUUUAAUUUAUAAAUGUUCCUAUUGUAAAAGUUACACGAAAAUUUGUCAAACACUGUUCUCUCUACAAAAAUAAAACAUUAACGUUCAAAAUUUUUCUACUUUCAUUUAAUUUAUUCACCUUUCAUCAUCAUAUCCAGCUAAUCUGUAAUCGGUUAAAGUACACAUUCACGCGCCUUCUAUUCUAUAAAAUAUAUAGUACAUAUAAAUAGUAAAAAGUAUUUAAACAUUUAAUAUAACGUGUGUUGGACAGAGAUUGUCAGUGUUUAAGUCGUUAGUUCUCAUCUGCUUUUCACCUUAACUCUGUCUGACAUGCAGACCAUCAUAUUAUAUUAUUGAUUAAAAAAAAAUAUAUAAAUAUAUAUAUAAUAUACUCACAAAAGUUGAAAAGAAACCAAAUUAAAGUAAAAUACCAUACAUAAAUAAAAAGAGUUAUUUAGAAAAACAAAAAUAAACCAGCAAAGGAACCCACACUAUCUGAACAAUAAUAAAGUACAUAUAAUAGUAACUAAAAAUAAUAUUAUAAAGAAGGACACACACAUGGUAUCUACAUAAAUUUAAAUAUGUAUCUUUAAAAUUACGAAAAGAAACACAUAAUAGAAUAUUAAAAAGUAUUGUUGACGACAAGA